AAAGCACCUACCCUUAACAAUAGCACACUUCUUUCACUAGUUUUACUUACAUAAACCUCAUAUAUAUAUAUCCAUGUUCUCAGACAUGAAUUUCAAGCAGUCUCGUACCUAAAAUUGCUCCCCACUCCUCAUGGCAGAGCUUGAGAAUCCUAAUGAGAUGCCAAAGCUUCUAGCUUUUCUCUCCUCUAUGCUCAAAAGGGUAGCGGAAUCCAAUGAUCUUAACCAGCAACAACAACUCAUACACCAAAAGAUCUCUGUUUUCCAUGGCUUGACUCGCCCCACCAUCUCAAUUCAGAGCUACCUUGAGAGAAUUUUCAAGUAUGCAAAUUGCAGUCCAUCCUGUUUCAUUGUUGCUUAUGUCUAUCUCGAUCGUUUCACCCAAAAGCAACCUUCAUUGCCAAUCAACUCCUUCAAUGUGCAUCGGUUGCUGAUUACAAGCGUUAUGGUUGCUGCUAAAUUCAUGGAUGACAUGUACUACAACAAUGCUUACUAUGCAAGAGUUGGAGGAAUCACAACAAUAGAGAUGAACUUUCUAGAGCUGGACUUCCUAUUUGGUUUGGGUUUCAAUUUAAAUGUGACUCCUGGCACCUUCCAAGGCUACUGUUCCCAUCUCCAAAGAGAAAUGAUGCUGGUGCAACCUCUAAUUUUCACAGAUUCUUCCCUAAGUUUAGGAAAAUCUGUGAAGGCACAUUUAUGUUUCAAUGAGGACGAAUCUUCCCAUCAAAAUCAAAAUCAACAACAAUUAGCUGUUUGAUUUAAUGUCCUGCAUUAUCUUGAUGCAUGUAAUCUAGCUGUAGAGUAGCACUUACAGACUUGCAAAUUUAAUUAUUUUACCUGUGGCCUCAGCUUACUCAUUUUUGUCGCUAAUUAUUUUUCUUAUUUUCCUUUUCCUUAAUUUUAUACUAUUUUACUUUUACUAUUUCAGAA